AAUCUUCACAUAUGGAACGUUCAUACCCACAAACAAUAUUCCCGAGUGUUACACAUCCGAAAAGAAAUGGUUUGGUUAAGGUUGAAGGAUUGUCCUUCCCUCUACUUGGGUUUCUUAAUCUUCUUCAUACUAAUUUGCCAACGCAACCACAUGGCAAUCGCUCAGCAAGAUCUCGGAUGGGUUUGCGAUGUUGCCGAAGGAAACUACACCAAUAACAGUACCUACAAAGCCAAUCUGAACAACCUCCUCUCCACCUUAACCACCCAUCAAAUUGACUAUGGCUUCUACAACUUUUCCUACGGCCAUGACCACAAAGCUUAUGCUAUUGGGCUAUGCAGAGGAGGCGUUGCGCCACAGUCUUGCAAAACCUGCCUCAACAACUCUAUAACCCUUCUCUCCCAAAACUGUCCCACCCAGAUUGAGGCUGUUGUUUGGUUCGAAGAUUGUAUGCUCCGUUACUCUGACCGCUCCUUGUUCGGCGUCAUGGACCUUCGACCUACUCGCUACGUUGUUUUGCCCAGUAAUGCUUCAGACCCUCGCUUCACUGAAUUGGCCACUGAUUUGCUUAUAAAACUCACCCCUGAAGCUGCAUCUGGUGAUUCUCGUCUUAAGUACGCUACUGGAAAAGCCCAAGUCCCGAAUUUCCCUGUUAUUUAUGGGGAUGUGCAGUGCACUCCUGAUUUGCCUUCCAAUGAUUGUACCGACUGCCUCCUUGGCGUGAUUGCACAAGUUCGACCAGUUUAUUAUGAGGCCCCAAGAGUUAGAAUUCUUAACCCCAGUUGUAGUAUUAGAUUUGAUUUCAAUCGCACCUUUCAAGAUCCCCGGACUUCAAUCACCUCUCCUUCUCUUUCAUCAAAUACAACUUCUUCUUCACAAGGAAACAGAACUCGAAGACUGGUCUUCAUUUUUGUGCCUAUUAUUGUGGUUGCUGUUGUGGCUGCUCUGCUCCUAAUCAUCAUCAUCUUAAGGGCAAGAAAUUCUCCUAAAAAUGGAAGCCCGAAUGUAGAAUCUUUGCAGUUCGAUUUCGAUACCAUUAGAGUCGCAACGGAUGGAUUCUCCGAUGAAAAUCAACUUGGGAGAGGCGGGUUUGGAGCUGUUUAUAAGGGUCGGCUUCCGGAUGGACAAAAUAUAGCUGUGAAACGACUAUUUCAAGGCUCAAAUGAAAGAGAUGACGAAUUUAAGAAUGAAAUCGUGUUGGUCGCUAAGCUUCAACAUCGGAAUUUAGUUCAGCUCUUGGGUUUCUGCUUCAACCGAAAUGAAAAGCUCCUCAUUUAUGAGUUUGUAGAGAAUUCCAGUCUUGAGAAAUUCCUCUUUAAUCCUAUUAAGCGUGAGAUUUUAGAUUGGAAAACUCGGUACAAUAUUAUAGAAGGAAUUGUUCGAGGACUUAUUUACCUCCAUGAAGACUCCCAACUUAGAAUUAUCCAUAGAGACCUCAAAGCUUCUAACAUUUUAUUAGAUGCAGAGAUGAAUGCUAAAAUUUCUGAUUUUGGAACUGCAAAACUAUUUAUGCAUGACCAAACACAAGGAGAUACAAGAAAAAUCAUUGGUACAUAUGGAUAUAUGGCUCCAGAGUAUGCAUGGAAUGGUCAAUUUUCGAUCAAAUUAGAUGUAUUUAGUUUUGGUAUUUUAGUUCUAGAGAUUGUGACAGGACAAAAGAAUAACCGAGCUCAAACCAACAAAGAGAUUGUAGAAACUCUUGUUAACUAUGCAUGGAGAAAUUGGCAAUCAGGAAAUGCACUAGAUAUUGUUGAUCCUUGUUUGAAAAGUGGUUCAAAAAUUGAAAUGGCCAGAUGCAUUCAUAUUGGAUUGUUAUGCGUUCAAGAAAAUCCACUUGAGAGGCCAACAAUGACUACUGUACUUCUCAUGCUUAACAGUGGUUCCAUCACUCUACCAAGACCCUCUCAACCAGCAUUUUUCAUCAAUAGUACUUGCUCUCAAAUGUCUCCACAAUUUGAAGACCAUAGUUCAACUCAUGAUUCAAACGAAUUGUCAAUUACCGAAUUAUAUCCUCGGUAGUUUUACCUUACAUAUCUAUAUCUAUCUUAUUGUUAUGAAAUAAUGGUUGCUAGGCCAAAAAAGAGAUGGUAAAAGCAAGUUGUAGGAUAUGUUAACCUAAAAGUAAAAUAGCUAGAGUGAAUUUACUUCCACGAUAAUUGAUAUGGUAUUCUUUAGAGUCGAUUGAAGGUUC